AUGUACCCUUUAUCGGUGGUAUCCCACGCCCUGAAAUUUAAUCAAUUCAUAUGUAUUGUGUUAAUGUUGUUCCUUCAAGAUAUACCUGGUGUCAUAAAUAACAUAACAGGAUCCUUAUAUAAUCCGAUAAAUCCAAUUGAAAAACGCUUCAUAUUAAGAUUAAGAUUUCACAGUGAUUCUGUUUUGACACUUUAUGACACCAGUAAUAUGACGUUACCUUCUGUAUCUCAAUCUACCACAACUCAAACUCGACUAGAAUGUAAUCAUUUAGCAUUUAGUCAAGGGAAUAAAUCUUAUUUUUAUAACAAUGUUAAUAAAACCUGUAUAAUUUAUCCUAAUAAAAUACAUUGGAUAGAAUCACUGGUUCCACAUCCUGGAUUUGAAUAUUUUGUUGAAGACGGUCCUGCUUGUGGACCUCCUCCAGUCCCAAAAGGUCAUCAAUUAUUAGAAGUAAUUGGAUCUGCUGGUAAUUAUAUAGCAAGAUAUCAAUGUGAUCAAUUAUACGUUCAUCGUCAAAUAGGCGAAACACGAUGUAUUGGUGAUUCAGACUGGACGGAAACACCAUGCAAGGAUUUUGCUUCUUGUGCAACGAUAAAAGAAUGUAACUCAUCUUAUACAACUGACGGUGAAUAUAUUCAUUAUCCUGGUAUCUUAAACAGUUCUUCAGUUCGUCUGUAUUGUCACAACAUGAAUACCAGCAAUCCUAAAACCUACCUCACUCUCAAUGCUACUAAUACAACAUGGAGAUCUACAGGAUAUGCACCCCAUUUUACAGUAAAUAGAACCGAUUUUGUGGUUCAAUUAAGAGGUGAUGGUGGUUGUGGUGGUGCGACUCCAACUGAUGGAUUGAUACAAUUUGUUAAAAACCCUCAGUACACUAUUCCCACCGGUACAAUAGAUCCACAAUGUAAUUUACUUGGUUUAUAG